AUGGCGGCUCAGAAUAUGGACCAAUUUGAAGCGUUUUUCAGGAGGGCCGAUUUGGAUCAAGAUGGAAAAAUCAGUGGAGCUGAAGCUGUCAGCUUUUUCCAAGGAUCCAAUUUGUCCAAACAAGUUCUUGCUCAGAUAUGGAUGCACGCUGAUCAGAGCCACACUGGGUUCCUUAGUCGUCAAGAAUUUUAUAAUGCUCUAAAACUUGUUACAGUUGCACAGAGUAAGCGAGAACUAACCGCAGAUAUUGUCAAGGCAGCACUAUAUGGUCCUGCAUCUGCUAAGAUACCUCCUCCACAGAUAAAUCUCGCAGCACUCCCAGCACCUCAGUUAAAUCCGGGAGCCCCCACACCUACAACACAACUUGGGGGAGCUGGCGUAUCCCCUGUUGCUUCUCAAAACGUUGGUGUCAGAGGAUCAUUACCACCAAAUACGGGUAUGGGCCCCCAGUAUCUUCCAUCCAAAAGUAUCCAGACUGCGGGGCCCGCGGUUCCUAGUUAUACGGCUGCUGCUACAACAAGGCCUCCUGUUCCUACUCCUAUGGCUACUACUACACGUCCAUCACUUGGUGUAUCUUCUCCAGGUUUCCCCAGGGGAGGUGGUCCACAAUUAGGUCCUAGUCCUCUGAACUCGGGUAUGUCAAAUGACUGGCUUGGUGGUGGAGCUGGACCUGCUGGAAACUCUGUUGGACCAACAGGACACGUUUUUAACAGGGCUGGCCCAUCACCAGCAGUUACUGCAUUAGCCAAACCACAAGAUCCAAAGGCGUUGACUGGUCCAGGCAAUGGUGUUUUGUCAGACUCCAUGUUUGGAGGUGGUUCAUUCUCUGCUACUCAAACUAUGCCACAACAACCUUCCUUGGCUCCAACAAAUUCAUUAAGCAGUACAGCUAUCUCUUCUGCAGCUAUUCCAAAACCAGAAGCUCCAGAAUCUUCUACUGCAUCCGAUCCUUUUGCAGCAUUACGAAGCACUUAUAAGAUGCCUUCUACAGGAACUUUGCCACAGCAGACAAAACCACUUCCAAAACCUAAUCAGCAAAGUUCGACAGCUCAAGUUGCACCGUCCUAUUCAGCAGUAGGGGGUGGUGGAAGUUCUACUUCAGAUGAGUCACAAGCUUGGCCGAAAAUGACGCGUGCCGGUAUUCAGAAGUAUGCAAAAGUUUUCAUGGAAGUAGACUCUUUUAGAGAUGGAAAAAUUCGCGGUGAACAGGCACGCAAUCUCUUCAUGAGUUGGAGGCUGCCAAUGGAGGUCUUAAAGCAAGUGUGGGACCUGUCAGAUCAAGACAGUGAUAGCAUGCUUUCUUUGAGAGAAUUUUGUAUAGCUCUCUAUUUGAUGGAGCGAUACCGGGAGGGUCGCACUUUGCCAUCAACUCUUCCUUCUAGUAUAAUGCUCGAUGAUACUCUUUUAUCCAUGGCGGGGCCCCCUACCACUUAUGGAAGCACCGCCAGCUGGGGACCUAAUCCUGGCCCAAGACCACAACAAGGUAUGCCUGGUUCUCAGCCUCUCAUGCAUCCUGGCGUGAGGCCUGGCUUACCACAACAAAUGCAGAUGAAUCAGAAAAAUGCUAGAGGGCCUUUGGUGGAGAAUUCCAAUGUCAAUAUGUUGAGUAAUGGGGAGAGAAAUUCUUUGGACAAUAAUGGUCCGGAGGCCACAGACACAGAAAAAAAGGUUGAAGAUAAGGAGAAUUUGAUUCUAGAUUCAAGGGAGAAGCUUGAAUAUUACAGGACAAAGAUGCAGGAUCUGGUUUUAUACAAAAGUAGAUGCGAUAAUCGACUCAACGAGAUUACCGAAAGAGCACGGGCAGAUAAGCAAGAGGCUGAACUACUUGGCAAGAAAUAUGAAGAAAAAUACAAGCAAGUUGCAGAAAUUGCUUCAAAGUUGACUAUUGAAGAGGCUGCGUUCCGUGAUAUACAGGAGAGGAAGCAGGAAUUGCAUCAAGCAAUAAUUAAAGUUGAACAAGGUGGUAGUGCAGAUGGUAUUCUUCAGGUUAGGGCUGAUCGAAUACAAUCAGAUCUCGAGGAGCUAUUGAAGGCUUUAGCAGAACGUUCUAAGAAACGCGGUGUAGAAGUGAAGUCAACUGCUUUAAUUGAACUCCCCCCUGGCUGGCAACCUGGCAUUCCGGAGAACGCAUCUGUUUGGGAUGAAGACUGGGAUAAGUUUGAAGAUGAAGGUUUUUCAUUUGAUGUUACUGUGCCUGCGAACUCCAAGAUAACGUCUCAUGAAAACGGAAGUUCUUCUCCGAUCAAUAAUACCCUUUCUCCUGAUGUAAUGUCACAUGAUGAUAGAUCAGAAAGAGGUUUCACACAAGGGGAUCCUAAUGGUUUUGAGGCAGAAGAAUCUUUAUUUGGCCAUAGCGAUGAUGAAUCAAAAAGUCCACGUGCGAGUCCAGCAAGACAUGCAACUGUGGAGAGUCCUCCGAGUUUUUCAGAUGACCAUUUCCGGAAGAGUUUUGACGCAGAUUCUGAAUCUCACAGAGGCUUUGAUGAAUCAUGGGUCUUUGAGAAUAAUGAUGAUGUGGACUCUGUUUGGGGAUUCGGUACUAAGGAUACGGACCAUAAUAAGAAGCAGACAGAAGAUUAUUUCUUUGGUUCCAGCGAUUUUGGAGCAAGUCCCACAAGGACAGAAUCUCCCCAAGCCGAUAAUUCAUUCCAAAGGAACACAACCCGGAUUGGUUUCGAGGAUUCAGUUCCGGGCAGUCCAGUCUCAAGGGCUGGAAACUCUCCUCGUGGUGGUGAUCCUUUUUUCGACAGUUUCUCGAGGUAUGAUUCGUUCAGCAGCGGACAGCAACAAGACCGUGGCCGAGAAACCCUAACCAGAUUUGACUCCAUAAACAGCACCAGGAGUUUCGACCAUGGUCGAGGAGGUUUCUCAUUUGAUGAUUCAGAUCCAUUUGGUUCCAGUGGUCCGUUUAAGGUCUCGUCAUCCGGGGAUAGUCAAACCCCUAAAAAGGGCUCUGAUAGCAACUGGAGUUCUUUCUAG